AUGAACAGGAAUAGAGGCUGUGGCUGGGUGGGUGUCCUCAGGGCCCUGACAGAGUGUGCCAGCACUGUGGAAAUGGUUGGAAGCAUGCCCAUUGGGCCUUUCAUGGGUAGGUACUCUGAAGAGCGAGGCUACAGCCAGAUGCAGAUCCAGGCCAACCAGUGGGCAGAGGACAUGACGUCCAUGGUGAGGGUUGUGCUGGACCUCACCUAACCCAUCAUGUCCAUGUUCUCCAGAGAUGGCAUCAACAGCACCAUCUGCAGCAUCUUCAAGGACGAACAGGUCAUGCCCACCCUCCCACAAGACCUGUGGGUUCCCUACUUUGCCAUUACCACCAAUAUCACAGUCUCCGCCAUGCGGGUCCACACAGAUGGCUCCCUAUGGCAGUGCGUGCACACCAGUAUGCCCAUGGGCUACCUGCCCCCUCUCUGGGACCCCAAAGAUGGAUGCCUGCUGAAGAACAGAAGCUACAUCAACAACCUCCCAGGUAUUCAAUGUGCCCAGGUCCACAGGGGCAAAGUGGUGCUCACCAUUGACGUGGGCAGCCAGGAUGAGAUGGACCUCACCAAUUAUAGUGACGCUGGGUGGUGGCAGUUUAGGAAGAACCCCCUGGCCACAGUACAAGUGUUGAACAUGGAGAUUCAGACGCACUUGGCCUACUUGUGCUGUGUCUGGCAGCUGGAGAGGGUGAAGAACAGUGAUUAUCGCAAGUACAUGCUCUCUUCCAUCAACAUGGAAGAUGCUAUGGUCCCCACCUGCCCCAAUGCCUCCUUCACGGACCUGGCUGCAACUGUGUUGUGCAUUGAGACUGGCAAGGCUGCUGUGGUGGAUGAUGAAUCUGACUACCAGACCCAAUUUGAGGAGGAGCUGCUGGACACUCAAGGCAUCCCCGACAGAGCUGGCUCUGACUGGGUGAGCUGA